GCUACAAAUGCAUCGAACAAGAGAAGUGUUCAAAAACAUUGUCGGUUUCCUAAGAGGGGGAGGUCGAGUCGUAGCUUGACUCUCAAAUGCAUUAAAAUGGAAGUUUCGAAAAACGAGCAAUUAGUUGAUACAUAUGAGAAAAUUUAUGGAGAUGAAUGCCGAAUCUGUUUGAAAAAAGCUGUUGAAAUUUGUGAACUUUUUAAAGAUGGGGACGCUAUUCCUCGAAAACUUAUGGCCGUUGCUUCUGUACAGAUUGCAGAAGGAGAUGGUUUACCACCAGUGAUUUGCUUGCGUUGUAACCAGCGUUUAGAUGCAUCCUACGAUUUUAAAUGUCAAAUACAAAAUUCAGAUGAGAAGCUUCGUCAAAUUCUAAAGCUAAAAUCUUCUUCUAACGAUUCUGUUACCAACGCCAGCACUAUAGUUACAGCAAUAAUCGCUGAUGUGAUAUCUAGUGUAAUAUCUUCUGAGAAAGAAAAUACAGAAAAACAAGAAGUUUGUUCUACAAAUUUCUGCAAUGAUAAUUUUUGCUUUACAAAAGAUGAAACAGCUUUUUGUCUCAAUUCAGAGAAGAACUUGUUUUGUUACGAAAAAGAAUCAUCACACAGUCGAUUAAACGAUACAGAGCAAAGAAAGAGCCUAGAAAAUGUAAAUGUUUAUAAAAGUUUAUUAGAGGAUGAUUCUGUAAGACAAAUCGAUUCGAUAAAACAAGAGUUUGUUUUAUUAGACGAUCAUAUGGUACAAACUAAAGAUGUUCCAUUAAAAGGAGAAGCGAGUAUCGAAGAAAGUCAACAGAUGUCAGAAGAGACAUCAAAGACAGAUAGUAUUCAAGAUGAUGAUGAUGAUGAAAAACCAUUAAUUUCACGCACAACUAGAUUACGCUGUACACAAUGUAUCAAGUCUUUUCAUACAAAAGUGGCUUUGCAGAGACACACCAUUGUACAUAAACGUAAAACCAAAUUACGUUAUGUUUGUUAUGUUUGCGAUAAACAAUAUUCUACGCUUGCAAAAGUGAAAAAUCAUGUUGCAAUUUGCCACGAAGCUCGCGAUAGAAAAGAAAAUAUUCAACAUAAGAGAAUUAGUUAUGAGCAAAAUAAAGCAAUCGCGAGUGUACAAGAUAAAAGGAUUAAUAGUAAUGUCCAAGAUAAAAGAAUAAAAAUUCAAAAAAAUGAUGACUCUCCUAAGGAACAACGAAAAAGCUUAAAAUUUACUUGCAAAGUGUGUUCAAAACAAUUUACUUAUCAAAAAUCUUUUAUCACACAUGCUAAAAGUCAUCCAGAGUAUAAACUGGAAGAAUUAGAUGAUUCGUCUCAAUGUUGGGUAAAAGAAAGAUGUACAGAAACUGUGGUGGAAGAAGAAGAAAAUGAAGAGGAAGACGAAGAAGAUGAGGAAGAUGAAAACCUUCCUGCUGAAAGUUUACAGUGCACUCAGUGUGGGAAAUUAUUUGCAACAAAAAGAAAUCUUAAAAGGCAUGUCUCCACACAUAGUGGAUUAAAAUAUACGUGUGAAACAUGUGGUAAAGGAUUCUCAAGAGUGGAUAAAUUAAAAGAUCAUGAACAAUCAAAGCACAAGGCUGAAUUAUUCGACAAUUCUGAUUUGGAUGAUAAAGAGGACACAGACAAUGUAGUUAAUAAAGGUGACUGUUUAGAAGGGAGAAAGAAAGAUCGUCACAAUAGACCUCACAAAUGUGCAAUCUGCCCUAAAUCGUUCGCGCAAGCGCAAUCGCUAGCGAAUCACAUAGAACGUCAUAAGCGGGUAAAAGAAACUCAAAAAAGAUUUCUUUGCGAAGUCUGUAGCAAGUGUUUUGCACAGAGUGGUUCUCUGGUUGCGCACAUGCGUACACAUACAGGAGUUAAGCCAUAUGUUUGUAACGUGUGUAGUAGAGCAUUUACAAAGAGCACUUAUCUACAAUUGCAUCUACGUACUCAUAGUGGUGAAAAACCUUAUAUUUGCCAGUAUUGUAGUAGGGCGUUUGCACGUGCUAACACAUUAGCACGGCACAUAACGAUGCAUACAGGGGAAGCAAAAUAUCAUUGUCAGAUUUGUACAAAAUCAUUUAGAAGACUGACUUCGUUGAAUGAACACACUUAUACACACACUGGGCAGAGACCAUAUGCUUGCAAAAUUUGUACAAAGAGAUAUAACAAUGCAGGGUCACUUUACGCCCAUAGAAAGAAGUGCAAGGCACAGCAAUUAUCUAACCCUGGAUUCGCGGUUUCCGUGGAAACCUGUACUGUAUCAGAACAACAAGAAGUAGACGUUCCACAAGUUUUGAUCUAUUCCCACAGGAAAUUAGUAGAGGACGCAACUGUUGGGCAAGUCACGCCCACACCACAGUACAUGCUCGCAAAUGUACACAAUCAGAAGAAUUUGGGAUCAAAUAUUAUACAACCGUUUUCAGUGGAUGAUUCAAAUGUUUAUACAAUUAAUACGAAGCAAUUUAAGAAUCCCUAUUAUACAAUUUAUCCAAACAUGUAAAAUAAUAACGCGCGUGUGUGUGUGGGAGAUUGAUUAAAGAAUACCUUUUUUAGAGUUA